AGCUGGGUCUGUGUGACGGCAGUGCCAGGGGGACUGCGAGUGAGUUCGGCGAUGGCCGGCAGUGGGGGAUGACCCGGCUACUGUGCGUUGCCCGCAGAGUCGCUUUGGUCGCCGUGCGCUGCGGUGCCCGCGGCUGCAGCGGUCUCGGCAUGUUCUACGCCGUGAGGAGGGGCCGCAAGGCCGGGGUCUUCCAGACCUGGAGCGAAUGCAGAGCCCAGGUGGACCGGUUUCCUGCUGCCAGAUUUAAGAAGUUUGCCACAGAGGAGGAGGCCUGGGCCUUUGUCAGAAAGCCCGCCAGCCCGGGUGGACCAGAAGGGGAGGAAAACGAACACGUACAAGAAUCACAAGUAAAAUCAAACAAGCGAGUCCGUGAGCCUUUGGACGGAGAUGAAAACGCAGAACCGUGUGCGAAGCAUGUGAAACAGAGCACAGACCUGGUCCCUGCAGUCAGCAAAGACAUGUUUUCUUACAUGGGAGACUAUGUCGUAGUCUACACUGAUGGCUGCUGCUCCAGUAACGGGCGCAGGAGGGCACGUGCGGGCAUCGGCGUUUACUGGGGACCCGGCCAUCCUUUGAACAUAGGCAUUAGGCUUCCUGGGCGGCAGACCAACCAGAGAGCAGAAAUUCAUGCAGCCUGCAAAGCCAUCGAGCAGGCGAAGGCCCAGAACAUCGAGAAGCUGGUUCUGUGCACGGACAGCAUGUUUACCAUAAACGGGAUCACUAACUGGGUCGGCGGCUGGAAGAAGAACGGGUGGAAGACCAGCGCGGGGAAGGACGUGACCAACAAGGAGGACUUCGUGGCGCUGGAGCAGCUGGCCCGCGGCCUGGACAUCCAGUGGAUGCAUGUUCCUGGUCAUUCGGGAUUCAAGGGCAACGAAGAAGCUGACCGAUUAGCCAGACAAGGGGCUAAGCAAUCUGAAGACUGAACCAAGUCCUUAUACUUCUUGGAAGAGCUUGAUGGGCAGGACGGAGUCGCAGAAUGUUCGGAUGGACUUGUGCCUCCCCGUGGAGUAGAGCUGGGCAGUGCUGGGCCCACGCCUCGGCGGCCUGGGUCUUCCGUGGCCGGGCACCUGUUCGCGAGGCGCAGCUGUGCAGGCGUGGUCCUGGCUGCUUGACUCAUGGUAGGGCCGCUUACUGGCAUAAAGAAACCUUUGAAAAUUU